AGAGGAUUCACUUGCUUUCAUGUGUUAUAUACUCUACAUCUACGUGGUCCUGUCAUUUCAUGACUUCACAAGUUUGAGUUUGGUGAAAGCAAAGAGAGGCAGAAGUAGAGAUUUGCAAUAUUACAGAGGGAGGAAUUUGGCUUUGAGUGCAACAAAAAAGCAAAAAUAUUCAAGCUUUACCAUAAACGCGCAGCAGACAUACACUUCACAAGUCACCAUUCUAGCUGAUAUGCCCCUCUAUGAAUCCCCUCAUGUACGCACUGCACUCAGUUCUUUAUUCUUUUCUUGGUACAUGGAGGACAAGCCCAGAGUUUUCAAAGCCAUAUUUCCAGAGAACAGAGGAACCCAACGUGUUAACGAGGAGGAAUGGAGAAUCCGAAUGGAACCAAUAGCCUUUUUAUUCCUCACAGCCUGGCCUGUUGUUAAUAUGAGAAUUCGAUACAAAACUAAAGGAAAAGAAUACCCUUCUGGCGUUCCCACCAAUACCUCUACUGUUCUCGAGCUGAAAAUUAUAAAAUGGGAUCUAGAAGGGUUAACAGAGGGGAAAAAUAAACCAUCAGAAUUCAGGAUUAAUAUGGAAGGAGCACUUUACCCAGAUAGAAGAGGAGCAAGAAGCAGGAUCAAAGGUCAUUUCAAUAUGAGCCUUAGCUUCGCUCCGCCUCCUAUGCUUGCUUUGGUUCCUCCACAUGUUCAUCAACAUGUUACUCAAUCGGUUAUGAAUAAUAUGGCGGAGAGUAUGCAGCAUAAAGUAAGAGAUAAUCUGCUCGCCGAUUACACUAAAUUCAAGAAGGAAAACUACAAAAAUAUUCCGCCUCCACAAUAAGUUAGACUUUUCAUUGAAGGACAAGACUGAAAAUAAGAUAAACACCUAGUUCGAUGUGAAUUUUCCUUUUCGUGGCCUUUUGUAUUUAUUCAACUAAUCAAGCUAACAAUAAACAUUAUUGGUGUAUACUUUGUUAAUUAGUGAUAUCGUGUACGCAAAGGCAAGCACGAAGUAAGAUUACUACUUACAAGCA